AUGGAAGUGGUGACAGCGCUGGUAUCCCAUGUGGUGGAAGAGCAAGUUUUCAGUCCUUUGUCAGGGAUCUCAGACCUUCAGAGGCUGACCGUGAAGCGCCGGAACCACGGCCGCAACAAGCACGGCCGCGGCCAUGUCAGGUUCGUCCGCUGCAACAACUGCGCCAAGACCAUCCCAAAGGACAAGGCGAUCAAGAGGUUUCGUGUGUCGAACGUCGUGGAACCGGCAGCCAUGAGAGAUCUCCAGGAGGCGUGCGUCUUUGAUGGUUACGUUCUGCCCAAGCUUUACGAGAAGAUGCAUUGGUGCGUGGGCUGCGCCAUCCACCAGCACAAAGUCCGUGUCCGCUCCCGUAAAGACCGGAAGAACCGGGCACCUCCGCAGCAACGCUUCCGUCCCAGGGAGGAAAGACCUGGGGGCCAAGCUCCUCGUCCUGGUGGUGUCCCUGGGGGUCCUGGUGGUGUCGGUGGGGGUCCUGGUGGUGUCGGGGGUGGUUUCGGCACCGGUGCUCCAGCUCCCAAUGUCGCUGGCACCUGA